AUGAGGCCAGACGAGUUCCUCGAAGGGACGUCGAAGGCGAAGGACCGGCGGAAGAGAGGGACGGAUGCACGGACGGACUCCAGCGAGUAUGCGGACUACUACGAUUACCCUGCGGAAGGACCCUCGCAACUGGAAUCCUCAGGAGUAUCACAAGAAAUUCCUUCCGAAAUGCUCAUACCCGAUCCCAUGACGAAGAUGGAACAACCUGACACGGACAUCGAAGCAAUGCUGAUGGCUGAUGACUCAGACAUCAAAGCUGAUGACUCAGGCAUCAAAGCUGAUGAUUUAGACAAACUUCCUCUCAAGAAUGAUUCCUCUGUCAAUGACGAACAGGGGAAAGAAGAAGAAUUCCAGUUUGAAGGAGGAUUUCCAAUUGCCCCGGAAUUCCCGAUUCCCUCCGAAUCCCCCAAAGUGACGAUUUCUGGACCGACCGCUGAUCUGGCACCACCAAGCGAAGCUGAUCCUUUGGACCCCGAGAUCGACUCCAUGGACGAUUCCUAUGCCUACGAAGACUGGUUCCCAAAACAGGAACCGGAAGCAUCGACUGAGCCGCAGACGUCGACAACGAAGGCAGACGUCGAUUCCUCCCCAAUCCCGGACUUAGCCUUGGAGUGGACCGCGCCAGAGGAAAUCCCGAAAUUCGAAGAGAGUGAACACUUACCCACCACCGCCGAGACGACCCUCAAGUCAGUCGCUCCGAUCGUGAACGAGCAACCUCCCUUAAUACAUGAGGAAUACGACGCAACAGAAGCGCCACAGGAAGAAAGCGAAAUCGAGGAUCUUAACGAGAAUCCUGACCCCACCGAAGAUUCCUUUCCGUUCUUAUUCAGCACAGAAAAACCACCCAAGGCCCAAGAGGAACACGUGACGGAACCGACGAAUCCACGACGAGUAGACCAAGUCACCUCCUCCGAACCUCCGCAAGCAUCCAAGCCCCCAAGCUCCGACGGCGAAGACGACCAAGCGGAGUCGCAGGAACCUCCAUCGUCGCCCCCGAGCACAAUCGGGUCGGUCGGGAAAGGAGGCGACUACGAGGACUACGGGGACUACGGCUGGAAAGCCAGCGCGGACGAGACCCCGCUGUUCGGGGCGGAGAAGGACGAGGAAAACACUUUCUUCGACGAUCGGUGCAUCUACGUCAGCACUCUGCUCUUAUGGGAUGUUGACUACGACUUCGAGAACAUCACCCAGGAGGAGAUAUUGGACAAAGUCACGAAUGCCCUCGAUCAAGAUCUUGACUCCAGAAAUGUCCCAUCUGUUGCCAGUUCCACCGCUCCGAAGGACGUGGACGUGAUUUUAGCAAAGGUAGAAAGAGAUCAAAACGGAAGAGUCAUUUCAGCCAAAGGAAUCAUGAGCGUCUACAUUCUCAAGGACCGGACCAACGUCACUUCCUCCAAGGGAUUGCGGAUGGAUCUCAUAGCAGAGCCAUGGGAGAAGGAAUUCAUCGAUCUGGUUUUCAGUUACUCGGUCUCGAAACCAGAGGGACUCGGAACAUACGCUUACGCCGGACGAAGCUAUCGAGACGUGGUGGGGAAAAUGAUACAGGGGAACCUGCCGCUCUUCGGCUUCGGGUUCAUCUUCAUCACCAUCUUCGUCGCCCUCAGCAUGGGGAAGUUGAACCUCCUGCAGCACCGAAUACUCAUUGGCUUGGAGAGCCUUCUGGCAAUUGGCAUGACUAUUGUGAGUGCGACGGGGUUAUGCCUAUUUUUAGGCAUACCAUACUUCGAGCUGCACAACAUCAUGCCAUUCCUCAUCCUCGGGAUCGGCAUCGACGACACCCUCGUCAUCUUCCAGAGCCUGGACAACGUGAUCUCGGCGGGCGGGACGUGGACGCCCGCGGAACGGGUCGCCCUGGCGCUGAAGCAGUCCGGCGUGUCCAUCACGAUCACGACGCUCACGGACAUCUUCGCGUUCUGCAUGGGCGCGACCACUGUAAGAACGGUCGUCAUCGCUCACUCGGCGCAGCGUCGUAUCAGAGAAUUUCUGCACUGUUCGACUGUGUUUUCCAAGACCGUGCCGAUGCUGCGGAGCUUCUGCAUCUACACGGCGGUGGGGAUCCUCAUCAUCUACGUCAUGACCCUUCUGCUGAUGGUCCCGAGCAUGGCGCUGGACGAGAAGAGGAAGGACAGCAACCGGGAGGGCUGCCUCUGCAUCCCGCUCUCCAGCAAGUACAAGCCCGCCGCCUGCUCCCAGAAGCAGUUCCUCGCCGUCGUCUUCGACAAGAUCGUGGGGCCUGCUCUCUCCCAGACCCCCGUCAAGGUGCUGGUGGUCCUGGCCACCUUGGGUCUGCUGGGGAUCAACAGCUGGGAGAUGACCAAAUUGGAAAAGUCCUCCGACGCCUAUUGGUACCUCGGGCCGAGUUAUCCAAAGGAUUUCGUCAUGCUGGUGGAAAAUAUAUUUCCGGAGAGUGGCGCCAGAGGCACCUUUUACCUGGGGGACGUUGACUACUUUAGGGAACGAGAAGCCUUGGAAGGCCUUGCUAGGAAUUUAUCUUCAUUGGAAUUGAUCAAGAGCGAUUCCAUCGACUUCUGGUAUCAUCGGUUCCUUCAAUAUUUAACAGAGGAAGGAAAGGAAUACCCGAAGACGGAGGCGGAGUUCAAGGACGAAGUGUCCACGUUCCUCGUCUUUAGAGAUGCGGGACGGAAGUAUCUACGCGAUAUCGUGUAUACGGGAAACCUCCUGGUGGAUUUCGACAUUAUGGUCGGUUUGAGCGGGUCCCGUAACGCAGAGUUGUCGCUCGUUAAGGCAUCUCGUGGGGCUUAUCAAGAAAUAACGCUGAAAACGAGCCUGGAGAAGCACCAAGCCUUUGUUGAAGUCAGAGAAGCGUUGCAGAACGCGACGUUCAAGCACGGCGACCCCUUCCGAGGCUGCUACUCCAGCGGGCACAUACACAUCGAAGCCAACAGGAUGGUAUCAGACGAGUUACCGCGGAACGUGGGGCUCACCUUGGUUGGGGUCUUCGUCGUCAUCCUCCUCCUGGUGGGGGACCUGCGCGUCUCCGUCUGGGUCCUGUCGUGCAUCCUCCUCACCCUCGUUGGGAUCGCUGGGAGCAUCCAGCUGUUCGGGCUGACGCUUGAGCUGCUCACGUGCAUCCUCAUCAUCUUGUCCGUGGGGCUUGCGGUUGACUAUUCGACUCACAUCGCCCACAAGUUCAUGGUGACCCAUGCCGACUCGAAAGACGCCCGGGUAAGAAUCACUCUGACGAGCAUCGGCCCUCCGGUGUUCAACGGAGGGUUCACCACCAUGAUGGCCUUCGUCUUCUGUUGGUUCAGCGACAAUUACCUCUUCACGAGCACCCUCAAGGUUCGUCCCGAUCUUCGUCUCGGGCAAGACCCUUAA